AAUAGCCUCCUCUCUUUCAUCAUUAGUGUCAUAAAAAUUUCAGUUGGAAAAAAUUUUGAUGGAAAACUUUAAGGAAUCGUUGGUUACUUCUUGUUCAAAAUGUGACGAACGAACAAAUUGUAUAAAAUUGUCGGAUAUCAAAUCCAAAUUUAUCUUCGCAAUCACGGGAAACGGAAAUUUUUACCCUUGUUUGAUUCUCGGGAAAUCAUCUGUCAUAAAAAAUGGCUUCAAGGUUUAUUUUUUACGUCAAGACAUCGAAACCGAAAUUCCAUCUAAUGGAAUAAUAUAUGAUCCAGAUAUUCUGAAGGAAAUGGAAGUUAGUUACGUGGAAAAUUGCUCAGUAAAAACAGGGAUGGUUGUUUGUAUGGAUAAGGUCAAAGAUUCUCAUACUCCAACGUCAUUUUUACUUCAAGAUCGACAAAAAUGUGUCUGGGUACCUCUUCCCAGAAUAUUUUUGACGAAACAGCAGGCGUCCUAUUUAUUUUAGUUUUUUGUAAUGAAAUAAAAGUUGAUAUAUGUGGAGU